UCCCGUCCCCAUCCCCUCCUCUCCCCAUGUCCGUCUCCAUCCCCCCGCAGCCGCUGCGGAGCCGCUCGGCCUCCCGGGGCCGCUCCUUCACGUCCCGCUCCUGCUCGGGGCUGCUCCUGCGCUCCGGGGCCGCUCCGGGGGGACCGCGGGGCUCCGGGGCCGGCAUCGCCUCGGUCACGGUGAACCGGAGCCUCCUGCGGCCGCUGGAGCUGGGGCUGGAGCCGGGGCUGCCGGAGCUGCGGCGCCGGGAGCGGGAGCAGAUCAAGGACCUCAACAACAAAUUCGCCUCCUUCAUCGACAAGGUCCGGCUCCUGGAGCAGCAGAACGAGCUCCUGGGCACCAAGUGGGCGCUGCUGCAGCGGCGGGCGCAGGGACCCCGCGGCCCCGGCCCGGCCGCGCUGCUCCAGCGCUGCAGCGCCGCGCUCCGGGGGCAGCUGCAGGGGCUCGGAGAGGAGCGGCGCCGCCUGGAGGCCGAGCUGGGAACUGCAAGGGAGCUGCUCAGGGACUGCAAGAGCCGGUGGGGGAAAGAGGGGGGACAUGGGGGGAAGAAGGAAAAUGAGUUUGUGCCCCAGAAGGACGUGGACGAAGCGUACAUGAGCAAGGUGGAGCUGGAGGCGCGUCUGGAGAGCCUGACCGACGAGAUCAACUUCCUGCGGCAGCUCCACGAGGAGGAGCUGCGGGAGCUGCAGCGGGCGGCGCCGGGCGCGGCCGUGGUGCUCUCCAUGGACAACAACCGCGGCCUGGACCUGGCGGCUCUGCUGGCCGAGGCGCGCGCGCACUGCGAGGACAUCGCCGCCCGCGGCCGCGCCGACGCCGAGGCCCGGUGCCACGGAAAGUACGAGGAGCUGCGGACGGCGGCCGGGCAGCGCGGGGCUGAGCUGCUCAGCACCCGCGGCCGCAUCCAGGAGCUGAACCGGCUCAUCCAGCGCUGCCAGGCCGAGCUUGAGGCGCUGCGGGGCCAG